AUGAGCGAUCAAACGAUUACAGGACUUAGAAACGGUUUUCCUCCACCGACAAGACAGUUAUGCCCACCCGGAACGAGAUAUUGUUUAACACAAACGUCGACAACAGAGUCCAAGCAAAUAAUCUCAACCCGAUACAGCUGUGGUACUUUCGCUGAUUGCAAGAAAAAAGGCUGCGAAACACGUAAACUUAAUCCGCCGAACUAUGCUCGCUACGUAAAAAUGUGCUGCUGUGCUUCUGAUGGUUGCAACAAAAGCUAAACAAAAGGGACACCUACAAUAAGUUGUGCCAGUAAUCUCCAAAUUUUG